GCGCCUUUGCAGCAUCAGUGUUCCCUUGUUCCACGCUGUCCAGCUUAUUCUUACGACAUGCUUGGUUUUUUAAACUUGCGCCUUUUGGAUAGCACCAUACUCUGGAUCUUCUCAUCUACUAUCUGUUUAUGUUCUUCCAAAAGGAAUCUUUAUCUUGUCAUGUUGUUCAUCAAAAAUGGGAGCGAGGGAAUGUUUGGCAGGCUUGGCUGAGCCCUGUGGUUGUAGUACCCCUUUGUACCUUUUUCUUCUGGGAGGGGCUUGUGUGUCACGGUCGAUUGUUGCGUGGGGCAUGUUGUCCUUUUAAUGAAUUUCCUUGUCGCGAUGUUCUCUUUUGCUUGAGUGUUUUGGUUACGGCCAGGCAUUUCUCCCAUCUACGUUCGAUCUUGGAAUAUUCUCUUUCGAUCUAAAAGAAUUUUCGCUUUGGUAUUUUCUCUGACGUGGCGCAUGCAUAUCAUACCCCCAUUGAUUAUUUUUUAGAGCGGUGUCUCAUGUGUCUCCUUUGGAUAGUGUGUAAUGUCUGCCAUG